AUGCUCCAAAACACCGUCAAAUUUGCAUCUGCUUCCGGUGAACUGAUUGGCGCUGCAGAACGUCGUUAUGUGUUCAAAGCGCUGAUUCAGGAGAGACCACACCUGGGUCGUGUUUGGUUGGCAACAUCCGGACAAGAUAAAUUUGUCCUCAAGGAUAUUCCCAAAGACAUAUUCUCCGCUUUUUACGAGAACACAUGGCACCGGCUCCGCGAUUGCCCACACAUACGGCUGCCACUGGAUACCAUCCCGGACCAGCGUAUUUUUGUGUACCAGUACCUGGACGACGACUUCCUGAGCCUAGUCAAGAAGAAAAUCCCCAUGAAGGCUAGGAAGAAGAUACUCCAAGCUAGUCUGCAGGGCAUUGCCGAGUUGCAUGAUCGAGAUGUCGUCCAUCUAGACAUUAAAUCUGACAACAUCUUGGUUGACUAUCACCAUGUCGAUCAAGAAACAGUAGUUGAACAGGUUCAGAUCACCGACCUCGAAAACGCGGCAUAUCUCCCUAAAGGCAGGUGCAUCAAAGGGAUGCUUGCUGGAAAUGACAAUUGGCGCAGCCCGGAGGGACAUUUCAGGGGUGAGCUCAACAAGCCGUCUGACAUAUUCUCUUUUGGAGCCGUGUGCAUAUACGCAAUGCUCGAACGCGUCAUCUUUGGGCCUGACGAUGAUUUCCAAACACAUCAAGCACAGGGUGCACUUCCUCAUCUUAUUCGUCUAGAACGUCAGAUUUCAUACUUUGGAAAUCUGGAAGGAUUGAACGGGCUGAUGAAGCACGUUGGCGACGAGGAAGUCAACUGCCAGGUCCUGCAGAUGCUUUGGGAGGACCGGGCCGCGGACUAUAUUCCGUACCGACCAUUUUCAGAUUGGCCAGAUAUUCGCAACACGGCAUUCCAAGAUGUCAUUCAAAGAAUGAUGCAUCUAGAUCCUACGAGGCGGAUCACGGCACGUCAGGCGUUGGAGCAUCCCUGGUUCCAAGACACCGAGAAUAUCUAG